CCCUACUUUCCCUCUCGUACUAAAAGUAAACGGCUCCUCAUGUCGCUCGCUCUCAAAAUCAACCCCAUCGAGAUUCCGGAGCUACUACAUAUUAUCGGAUGUCAUCUCUCUAUCGGCGAUCAGAAGACCUGCAUGCUCGUCUCCAAGAUCUGGUUUUACCUCUUCCGCGCUUACUACUGGAACCACCUCUAUUUCAAUCGCAACGGGGUACCUAACCUCGACAAGUAUGGACACCUAGUGCGAUCCCUAACGACAUUUUGGGCCGAUGAUCAUGAUCUGCUCGCUAUUGCGGGCUCUUGUCACUUGGUCCAACGACUCGAACUCGAACUCGGGAAUGCCGCCACCGAAAAAGGACUCGAGAGAUUUACAGGCAAUUUACCUCAUAUCCGAGACUUGAUAUUUCGGGUCCCCUUUACCUUUGAGAUGAAACACCUUGUGGCCAUCACUCGACUGAAACGAAUACAGACACUACAGCUUGGCGGUGGAGAUGGACCUCUGGGUACGGAGUGUGACUUUAUGGCCCUGCUGAAUGCGCUUCAAGAGUGUCCCUUAUUGGCAUCACUUCGACUCAAUGGGAUACGGGAAGCCAAGCAUAGUAGCAUUGCACCAGAAUGGCAUCUUCCUACCAAAAGGCCGAGCGAACCACCCUCAACAUCCACACUCAGCAGAUGGGUGCGGCGACUGUCUAUUAGAAAUAGCAAAGCCAACCCGAACACACCUUCCGUUGUAUUGAAGGUCAAGGAGCCAUGGCGCAAGUUCGUUUGUGACACUACGAUCCAAAUCCCAGCCAAGAUACCCGAGAUAUUGCAGGGCCAUCUCCCUGACGCCACAAUGAUCUAUCCAAACCUGACUCGACUUCACGUUAAAAGAUUUGAUACCAGAUGUUCGACUGCGCCAGUUGGGCUCAUGUUCAGGAAGGCUCCACAUCUAAAAGAACUUCACAUGGACUUCGCUAGCUUGACACGGGCACAUACCUCCGAAUGUCUCGUCGCCAUUACAGAAAGUUGUUUCCAGCUCCAGACCUUAACUAUUUGGGGGCUGGACUCGGAUCUGGAGACGCGCAGCUCGAUCGAGCAGUUCUUCCAGCAACAUCGGCCCGAUCUGCGACAUUUCAAGCUGAAGUGGUGCAUGGGUCUGGAUUAUGCACUCGAGCUGAUGCCGACGGUAACUGUGGCAGCGCUGGAACGGGUUUGCUUCGAGUCUUCGAUCAGAUCACAUCCUGCACUACACCGGUUCAUGACAAGAUGCUCAUCACUACAGUAUCUAACCUGGACAGCAGAAUACACAAGACCCCCCCUAGCACCCAGAGACAGGACUAGUUUGUUUCUAGAACCUUGGGCUUGCUACGAGACCAUGAGGCAUGUGUAUCAGAACAGGUGCAUCGACGAUCCAGAGUCCUUCGAGGCAUUCUUUGGCCGGUUAGCGCUUAUGAAGAGACUGGUUUCCUUUGGCAUCUCACUGGACGAUAUCCGUAGGCUUAUAGCAGAUCAUUCGGCGUCAAGUGCGUCGAUGGAGAGGCAUGGGGCUCGAUAUGAUCUGGAGCAUCAAGACCAACACCAACCCCAGGACCAACCGCAGGACGCGAGUGAAAUGGCGAUCCAAUUAUCGACUCAGCGGCCGGAUUAUGAUGUGAGACAUCGUGCAAGGCGCGACGAGGACGAUAUCGACGAAUUUUUACAGAAUUGGAACUCCUUCCAGUCGGUCCAGGAGCUAACGUUUUCGGCAAACUAUGUCUCCACAGCCAUGAGGAUGAUGCUUUCUAAGCAGUUGGAUGCAAAUGAGAUUCGGAUUAUCAUGAAGGUCUUUCCAAGGCUGCGAAAAAUACGAUACCAAGGCUGCGUCUUCCCUCUAGAUCGAAACGCCCGAGAGCUUCUGGAGAUGCAAGUAGAACGGCGAAUUUCCAUCGUUCAUACCUCUCAGCUUCCAUCAUUGGCGUUGUAGAUUCCAUCAUCAA